AUGCGUGUGGACAACAAGUGCUUCAAACUUCCAAUAGCAUUAUUAAGACCGUCCUGGAUUGGGGAAGUUAAUCGUGUGUCUCCAAUUCCGUAUACCUUUAAGCUGCUUUGUGCCCACUACUGCAGUACUGCUUACUUUCUCACAGCUCCCAGGCUUUCUAAUAGGAGAUUCAGCAAAUCACUGGAACCUCAUGUAGAAGAUGAGCACCGCACAUCUGGAUAUUUAGCCAUCGUUGUGCUGAAGAUCAAGAACUUCGAUGAUCACAAUUUGCAAAUGUCUAAAUCAGUAAUGCAAGUGUUUCUAAACGAACUAGACUUCCCGACCAAAAAUGACAAUUCCCAAACCGAAAAUAAGGCAAGGGAUUAA